CUCGAUCAUCUUUGCACGUCAUAGCUCGGCCUUUACGAAGUUCAGUGUAGACGGCAGAUUCCGAGGCGCAUGACGUGCGACGCCAUACAAUGCAGGACACAACGGUCGGAGAAUUUCCACUGUGCUGGAAGGGCUGCGGCGCCGAUCACUCAUGCUGUGUGUUUGUACAAAGGUUGCAACUCUGUCGCCCCAGCUGCCGAAGCGAACCCACUCGGAAGUGCCGCCAUUCCUGUAAAACAGCUACGACGCGAACAUGCGGUUUGUGUUCGAAACCGCGACGAACUGCCGCCGAACCCCUUCGGCUCAUCUCCGAACCUGCCGUGCUGCUCGAGAACGUUGAGGUGGUUGGCCAUGUUUGGGAUCGGGAAGCACGCAACUGGUUGAACGAAGAAGGGGCUUGCUAGAUCGAAAGGAAGGAGUCACAGCAUAUGCAUUGCAAAUCUUGCCUGUCACAGCGGUCCGGAAGAGCGUCUGACAACUCCGAAGCUACCGAAUACGACGACGCGGUAUGAACCGUUGUCCUGGCUGGGGGCGUAAAGUGCAGGUUGGGACUGUGAACAAGGCGGACGUGUGACCCCAACUCCCUGCGUGAUUCUUACGACCUAAGGUCCUACGUUGAGUCUGUGUGCUAGCUCAAGUACCGAGCACCGUGUAAGGAGUAGACC